GUACAAUACAGAUCCAGAAACGCCAGCAGCUGGUGACAAAGACACAUGAAUUAAAGGAUAUGAAAGAUGACCUUUACCAGUGCCAACAAGAGCAAGGAGAUAAAGUGUAUCAGAAAGUGGGGUCACUCAAGGGAGAUCUUGCCACAUGUCUGACCUCUACUGAGGUGGAGAAGAAAUCCUUUGAAUCUCAAAAAAAAAGUCUUGCUGCAGAAAAUCAGCACUUAAGAGAAUCUCUAGAGAAGGAAGAAAAAGCUUUGGCCUCACUUCAGGAAGAAUUAAGGAAGCUAAGACAACAGAUUAGAAACUUAGAAGAUAAAGGUACUAGUACUGAGUCUAUUGUAAUGGAAAAUCAGAAACUAAGGGAACAUUUGGAAGAGGAAAAGCAAAGAAACCACAACUUUCUUAGGCAAAAGGAAACACUUUUUGCAGAGGCACAGAUGUUAAGGAGAGAACUGGACAAAGAACGUCAUGUUACAGAAGCUCUAAAAAAGGAACUGGAACAGUUAAGUUCUCGUCAAACACCUGACAAUGCUAAUGAUGAUGAUACACUAAGAGAAAAUCAAGAAAUAGAAACUCUGCGAGGAAGACUAGUAGAACUAGAAAAAAAGCUAAACUUUGAGCAGCAACGCUCUGACUUAUGGGAGAAGCUGUAUGUUGAGGCAAAAGACCAAACUGAAAAACAGGAACUGAAUGAAAAGGGGCAAAAGAAAGGUGCUAAAGGGCAAAGUAAGACUAAAAAGAAAUCAAAGGACUCAUUUUUUGGUUCAGUUAAAGAAACUUUUGAUGCUAUGAAAAAUUCCACGAAAGAGUUUGUAAGACACCAUAAAGAAAAGAUUAAACAGGCUAAAGAAGCAGUGAAAGAAAAUCUGAAAAAAUUCUCUGAUUCUGUAAAGUCUACAUUCAGACACUUCAAAGAUAGCACAAAAAACAUCUUUGAUGAAAAGGAGAAGAAGUCAAAUGAUAAAAGACAGGAGGCAAACAAGAAAGCUCGAACUUUUUACCGAGAACAUAACUCUUAUGAGAAUCUGAAGCACAUGCAUUACAGGGGACCUAACAUGCCAAAAGAAUUCAAAGAUGGAAGAAAACAUCAGUUCACAACAUUUGAAAAAGAUACAGAUUCACAGAAAUGUUUCAGUGAUCCUUUGUGUAACAGAAAACAUCCGUUUGUCCUGAAGGGCUGCUCUGGUAUUUUUGAAUGCGCUCAUCAAGAAUUCAUUAGUCUCUUUAACAGAGUAUCGGAUCCCAUCAGGGUGGAUGAAUUUAAUCGGCUAAUGAAAAAGUAUUUGCAACAAGUUGUACAUAACUUUCAUCACUGGAGAGAACUAGAAAACUUCAUCAAUAAGUUUUUUCAUAAUGGGGUAUUUAUACAUGACCAGAUGCUGUUCACGGAUUUUGUUAAUGAUGUCAAGGAUUACCUGGAAGAAAUGAAGGAAUACCAAAAUAAUAAUGAAAAGGUUUUUGAGGAUUUGGACAAAUACAUCUACAGAUACUACUUUCAUUAUGAUAAUUCACCCCAGUAUGGACCGAGUCGACCUAAAAGGCCUUCUUUUAUGCAAACUGAAAAUUCCAGACAUGAAAAACAAGCUCAGAAGUACCACCACCGUAAUAAAAGAGAAGGUAAAUGGCAUAAACAUGGUCGCACUAAUGGAAGACACAUGGCAAAUCUUGAAAUAGAAUUGGGGCAAUUACCCUUUGAUCCAAAAUAUUAAGUAAUUUAUGGUAAAAACAAGAUUAGAAUUAAUAAUUCACAUCCUCUCUGGAAACUAAUUGUUUUGUUCAACAAAGCAGCAAGAUGCAAGUUUUUUCUUGAAAUAAUGAUUUUUACACUUUUUUGUUAGAAGGCAGAAGUCAAGCUUUCUAAUUUGCAUACUCUGUACUGUUGCUUUAACUGUUCUUUGGAAGUGAUGAUAGUUUGGGUGCCAGCAGUAUUGUUGCAGAAACUCAGCAUGCAAUGACAUGUAUAUGAAAAAUAUGCUUAAUUGCAUUCCAUUAGUAUAGUUAAAAGUUUUCAUGCAUAAUGUACCAAUAAUUAACUCCAGUGUUUGAUACACUAAUUUCAUCUCAUCCUUCAAAAAAAUAGGUCUACAUUAUGGUAAUAUAUUUGUUAGUGUUUUGUAAUCUUAUACUUGCUUCUUGUCUGGGGUGGGGGUUCAAGAGCCUGUUGAAUUGUGAAGAAUUUGCUGUGCUGCAUUCUAAUCAGCUUGCUGAUUUAAGCACUUGAAAUGUCUUGCAUAUCUGCAUAUUGUAGAAGAAAAAUAAAAGAGACAUUGUGGAUAAAAAGUCUUUAUUUAUAAAACAAACCUAGCAUAGGUUACAGUUC